AAAGCGCAGAUGCACCAGAACACUACCCCUACACAGCUCGAACGCCGCGGAAUCAUGGCGGCCGGUAGCGAAGCUCUGAACACGGUGAAAGCGACGGAGCCAACGCAGUGGCUGGCGCCGAGCCCGGAGCUAUCAGAAAACGCUCGAGCCGCAUUGAAGAGCCUCUUCUCCUCUCUCAGACCGUUCACGCCGAAAUCGCCUUUCAACGAGCUCCUGGUGGAGGAGGACUUCGACGCCGAGCAGAUAUGGCAGCAAAUCGACAUCCAAUCCCAGCCGCUCAUCUCGAGUCUCCGCCGCGAAGUGAAGCGGUACGAGAAGAAUCCGGAGGAGAUCAAGACGCUGAAGGUGGUUGUGGAGGGAGAGGAGAAGGUUCUGGAAUCUCAGAAUGAGGAGAAGGACAGCGAAGAUUUCGAUGAGGAAUCUGAUGAUGAAGAAGAAGGUGAUGACGUGGAGGAAAAUGAAGAUGAUGAUGAAGAUGAGGAGGAGGAGGAAGAAGAAAAUGUAGAAGAGGAAGAAGAAGGAGAUGGAGAGAAAAACGAGAUCGAAGAUGGUUUCUUUAAUGUAAAGGCAUUAGGGAAGUAUUUGAAGACUACCGAAGCGGAGGAAUACGAGAAUGAGAGUGAAGAAGGAGCUGAUGAAGAUGGAGAUGAGAAAGAUGAGGAGGAUGAAGCGCAGGAGCUCAUGAAUCUAGAUGAAAGCGAGGACGACGGGGAUGGCAAGGGUGCAAGAUAUGAAGAUUUCUUUGGGAAAAAGGAACUUUCUACCCACAAAAAGGAAAUUUCUAUCCACGAUAAGGAUCUUUCUACCCACGAAAGGGAGCAACUGAAACUUAAGGCCGAGAUAGAGCAAAGGGAAAAGACAAUGUUAGAUCCCAAAACUUGGACCAUGCAGGGAGAGGUGACUGCAGCAAAAAGGCCACCGAACAGUGCGUUAGAAGUUGAUUUAGAUUUUGAACACAAUGUUAGACCUGCCCCUCCAAUCACAGAGGAGGUUACACUAGCAAUCGAAGAUAUGAUCCGGAAAAGGAUUGAGCAGGAUUUGUUUGAUGAUGUUCAAAGGGCUCCUGCUUUACCUACUAAAGCACCAAGAGAAAGAAAGGAGAUGGAUGAGAAUAAGAGCAAGAAAGGUCUGGCUGAAGAUUACGAGCGAGAGUAUGUUCAAAAGAUGAAUCCAGAUUCUGGCCCAUUGUCAUCCAAAGACGAGCAGAAGCAUGAGGCAGAAAUGCUGUUCAGGAAACUUUGCUUGAAGUUGGAUGCUCUUUCUCAUUUCCACUUCACUCCAAAACCCGUUAUUGAGGAUAUGUCUAUACAAGACAAUGUCCCCGCUUUGGCUAUGGAAGAGAUUGCACCUGUAGCGGUCUCUGAUGCAGCAAUGCUAGCUCCUGAGGAAGUAUUUUCUGGCAAAGGUGAUAUCAAAGAAGAAGCGGAACUUACACAGGCAGAGAGAAAAAGGAGGAGAGCUAACAAGAAAAGGAAAUUUAAAGCAGUGACAGCCAAAAAAAUGGCAAAGAAGCCACGAGACAGCAACAAGGACAUCAUAGAAGCCAUGUGACAGCGAGGUGCAGUAAGUAAAUGAUGGCAGUUUUGCAAGAUAAUUUGACUUAAUCCUGGCCGCAAUACGAUCACCGAAAGGCAGAGCACUUGUGUUGGUUGGGAGAGGGUUCAUCUUGAAGAUCACACUUGCUCAGUACCUGUUCACCCUUCCCAGUCAAGGAAUAUGAAAUGUGUGAAAAUGAUUCAAGGAAAUUUUAGUGGACCCUAAUUUUGAUUUGAUUAUUUUUACAACUUCUCAGUCAUAAUUUUGGUAGAUAGUCUGUUGUCUUUGAGGCCAUAUAAAUCAAAGGAAGCGAGGUACUACAAUCAAUGUUGCAUACUUUUGCUUCUGAUGUGCCAAUAUUGUAGUUCUGUAUACUGAAAUCAACAAUCAAAGGUUCAAACUUGAUUGUUUCCAACAAAAAUUAAAAUCUGAUUAGAGUC